UAUAAGAAGACUCACGGCCUCAGUUUGGAAUGCUCAUUCGACACACUAGUCGAGAACCACAAUCCUCCAAUACCACUAUUGAAGACUUGGGGAAGAAGAUAGAGAUAGAGAGAGAGAGAGAGAGAACAUGGUAAGGGAACUGAAAAUAAUUACUGAGAAUGGAGAUGGGAUUGGUGGGAUCGGUGGUGCUUGCCUAGUCUUUUGGGCAGCUUUGCUUACUCUUUCUUUGAUUUCAGCCAUAAUCUUCUCUUGUGCAGAUGGUGUAUCCAAGGACAAAACUUCUUCAGGUGAUACAAAUUUUUAUGGUGGAGGAUGUGCUGCUGAUUGUGGCGGUGCAGGUUGUGGUGCAGCUUGUGGUGGAUGAAUCGUUUGUUCCUCAUUACUUGUACAAACCAGAAUUCUCGGACAAGUUCCAUUUAGCUUAAUUAUUCUGUCUUAAGGGGUGGCUGUGCUUGCCACUUUUAGAGAGAAUUGCAAAGAGGAUGUACUAACUAUCAAGGUUUAUGCAAUUGUAAGUGAAGUGAGCCAACUUGCUGCUGUUAAGGAAUACUAUAAAGCUGCACCUUCCUCAUAUAUGCCUUUUGUUGUCCUAAAGAACAGAUUCCAUUUAUCAUGGAAAGUGAAUGUCAAGACUCAUUUAAUUUUCCAUGUUUGCACUGAUGCUCGCUCCAACUAAGGACAAUAAUUAUGCUAUGAUAAAGCAUAUGUAGGUAGCUUACAUGCAUCUAUG